UUACGGCCGCCUUGUUGCUGCACAAUCGAACACAGACAAUGGAGUUAGAUCACAAGCCUGGUGUGGACGAGCUGAAAGCAGCCGCAUGGAGGGAGGCUCGGAGAGACGGGAUAUUUGCUGGCUUGACGUCGGGCCUGGCAGGAGCACUAGUAGGCUCAAAAUUUAUGGGCUUUGGCCGGAAUAAAACUAUUAUCAGUGGUGCUUUGACGGGUCUGUUAUCCGGUUACUUCUUCACCCAGGCGUUCCUUUCCUCCAACAUGGCUCAAUUGAGAUCAAAAUCUGUCUCGUCAGACACUGAAACCGAUCCAUGGCCCCCCAAAUGAUUCGGAAGGCCAUCAUUAAUAACCUGUGAGUUGGCGAUUGUACAUGGCAUUUGUAUGAGGCGUCGAAAUCUGUCAAAUGUAACUCCAAAUGGCUUUCAU